UGCUUGUGUCAAAUAACCCCGGAGAUUAUGCCGGAAUUUUUGGCACCGCUGGAGAACCACACGGUCAUACAGGGACGCGACGUCUCCUUUACCUGCGUUGUCAAUCAUCUGCAGUCUUACAAGGUGGCCUGGAUAAAAUCAGACUCGCGCGCCAUUUUAGCCAUACACACUCACCUAGUGGCACACAACCCCCGACUGUCCGUCACGCACAACGGCCAUAACACGUGGAAGCUCCACAUCUCGAACGUUCAGAAGAACGACUCCGGCACCUACAUGUGCCAAGUCAAUACCGAGCCGAUGCUUAGUCAGAUGGGUUACAUGACUGUCGUCAUUCCACCCGAUAUCAUAGACGGAACGUCAGAAGGGCUGGUGGCGCACGAGGGCGGCAAUAUCAAGUUACGCUGCGUGGCGACAGGAUCGCCCGAGCCCAAUGUCACAUGGAAGCGCGAAGAUGGACGUAACAUAGUCCUACGCGAUAAUGGACAGAAGAAACUACUGACAAAGUACGAGGGCGAGACACUGGAGCUAAGCGGCGUUUUACGACAAGAAAUGGGCACUUACCUUUGCAUAGCCAGCAGCGGCAUACCUCCGAGCGUCAGCAAGAGAUACUCCGUCUACGUCCAAUUUCAACCAUCGAUUAAAGUUACGAACCACGUUGUCGGUGCCCCAGUUAACAAGGACGUCGUGUUGCAAUGUACGGUGGAAGCCUCGCCACAAGCAAUGAAUACAUGGUUCACCGAUAAAGGUAACAAAUUGCUGCCAAGCGACAAGUACUCGAUGACAGACCGGCAGACCAACGACUACUCUUGGGAAAUGAACCUGACGAUACGCUCAUUGGAAAAAUCCGAUUUCGUCGGCUAUAUUUGCUCAUCGGAGAAUGCGCUUGGAAAAGCUGAAGGUGCAGUCCGAUUACAAGAGCUACGCGAUCUCUUCCCAACGACGACGCCGGGUACGCAGUUCCGGCCAAAUGACCUGAGGCCCGGGCGCAAGAAGCCGAACAAAAGCGGCCGAAACCGCAAGAACGAGCAGCGCCAACACGUGGAAGACGAGCUCGAAAUCUCGAACACUUACGGGGCUCAGGACGGUGCUCAGGACGGCGAGGGACUCGGAGCCGGCCAAGGCAACGGCAUCGUCGGUGGCAGGAGCACCCAGACGCUCAACGGCCAGGCGACAAGGGGUCACCAUAGGACGGAGCGGCCACAUGCACUCCCAUCGGCCUCGCCACCCUGGAUCCUCGUCAGCGGAGCAGAGGACCGCGCCCCGCUCUUGUCGUUGCCAGCGCUCUGCGCCUGCGCGAUCCUUGUGAGGACAUGCACGCAAUAA